AAAAAUAAAAAAUAAAAAAAAGCGCAAGAACAUAGGAUAUGAUUUAGAAUCAUCAAGUCACCAGAUCCGAUCUCGUACAGCUCCUCUCCUUCUCCGGGUUGGCCUCGAUGAGAAGAACAUGGACGACAGUGAUAACAAUGGUGUUCCUCACUAUCAUCGUAUUAACCUUUUCCAUUCUCAAAGGCCGCCUUGAUGUUCGAUCCACUUUCUUCUCUAUUUCACUCGUCUCCUCAAAUGCAACCUCCCCUGUAUCAUCAUCAUCAUCACCAUCAUCAUCAUCACUGAAGGUAUAUAUGUAUGAUUUGCCUAAAAGGUUCAAUGUGGGCAUGCUUAUUAAAAGUCCUUAUCAAGAUAUGCCACCUGUCACUCUUGAAACUCUUCCUCCUUGGCCCAGGAAUGGGCUCAAGCAACAACAUAGUGUUGAGUAUUGGAUGAUGGCUUCACUCCUCAACAAUUCAGUUGAUGAUGAUGCCAGUAGAGAGGCUGUUAGAGUUUCUGAUCCUGAUUUGGCUGAUGUCUUCUUCUUGCCCUUCUUUUCUUCUUUGAGCUUUAAUACUCAUGGACAUAAUAUGACUGACCCUGAUACCCAAUUCGACGAGCAAUUGCAGGUUGACGUGCUUAAAUUUUUAAGGGAAUCUGACCACUGGAAGAGGUCUUCAGGACGUGAUCAUGUGAUUCCAAUGCAUCAUCCAAAUGCUUUUAGAUUUCAUCGGGAGGAGGUGAAUGCUUCUAUUCUCAUCGUUGCAGAUUUUGGCCGAUACUCGAAGGUCCUGUCAAAUCUUAGCAAAGAUGUUGUGGCCCCAUACAUGCAUGUGGUGGAUUCAUUCAUGGAUGACAAUUCUCCAGAUCCGUAUGAGUCACGCAAAACCCUUUUGUUCUUUCGAGGAAGAACGGAGAGGAAAGAUGGGGGAAAAGUUCGAUCAAAAUUGGUUCCUAUAUUAAAGGGUAUUGAGGAUGUCGUCUAUGAAAGUAGCUACAUAACAGAAGAAGGAAUAAACAUGUCGAUACAUGGGAUGAGGUCGUCGAAGUUUUGUCUACACCCUGCAGGAGAUACCCCUUCUUCAUGCCGUCUUUUUGAUGCAAUUGUGAGCCAUUGUGUUCCUGUAAUUGUGAGUGACCACAUUGAGUUACCGUACGAGGAUGAAUUGGAUUAUACUGAGUUUUCAGUUGUGUUCUCUGUCGAAGAGGCAUUGACACCAGAUUACAUGGUUAAUCAGCUCCGCCAAAUUCCGAAAGAGAAAUGGCUUGAAAUGUGGAGACUUCUAAAACGAAUCGCUCAUCACUACGAAUUCCAGUAUCCUCCAAAGAAAGAAGAUGCUGUCAACAUGUUGUGGAGACAGAUAAGGCACAAGGUUCCGGCUGCUAAACUAGCUGUACAUAGAAGCAGGAGGUUAAAAGUGCCUGACUGGUGGAGCCGGAGAAGAUAACAUUGUACAUUCACAGUCAUUUAUAGCUUCAACCCUUUUGAAGGGGUUAGAUUGUCAUACACUGUCAUCAGAGUUUGUUGUCGGUAAUCCAUACUUGUUUAGGAAUACACAAAGCUGAUCAUGAAUGUCUUGGAGCAAAUGUAGCAGCCUAUUGAUUAAAUAUUUAUUGUUCACAGAAAUUGAUAAUUAUUCCGAGUCUCUGUUGUAAACCCAUUUCCACAGCUAAUAUACAUAUACACUCCUAGGCCAGGAUUAUUAUUAUUAUUA